UGAAGAGGCGAGAGGCUGUGUGUGUGUGUGUGUGUUAGUGUGGGGGUGUAAGAAGGCAAAAAAUAAUGGCAGCGUGAGAGGACAGCAGCAGCCAGUGUGGAUCCCUUCUGCAACCGCUCUCGCUUUUCUUUUGCUUUAUACUUGGAAAGAGACAAUGAUGAACACAGCAGAAGAGGAUUAAUAGCGAUGCAUGAUGCCAGACCUCUGAAUCCUACAGCAGACCUUCACGAAGAGAAAAGCACAGAAACACAGAGGGAGAGCAAGAAGGGAUAGAGGAAGGUAAACCGUAAGGAUCAAGGACUAGAGAAAGGUUCGCGUGACGGGCAGGAUAUAUGCAAUGAUGCAUUCUUUGCACGAGCUGGCCAGAAGCGUCUGGAUAUAUCAAAGAACGCAAGGCUCUGUGUAUUAAACAGCUUGGCGUGUCAGUUUAUCUUUUAAUUUCUAUUCAUUUCUUUCCAUUGGUGAGAAGGAAAUAUAAAAAUUGGUCAAGCUACUGCAGUGUUUGAUACGACUUCAUAAAAUCAUCUGCCUGCAACUAUUCAGGUGUGCCGAGGCAAAAACAGCAGUGCAGGCUGCAGGCACAUACUGUAUGCUUGCGCUUGUGUGAUUAAGGAGGUGAUCUGCUGAGACAUUUCUUCUGAUGAACAGGUGCCACUCAUUAAAGGGUCUAGUAAGAUUAAAUGUCUUCACGUUAGAUUUCUGAUGCCAGAAAAACAAACAAACAAUGUUUUAGGAACAACAGUUUUGUGCUUUCGACCUGCUGCUUUACCACAUUUCUCUGCCGUGUGUCAAGUCUCGUCAAAGUGGGGAUCAUUUGGCCCCUGGGGGUCCGGGUUCAGACCCCGGCCCCUGACCCCAAAAUGCGUCGCUCAAGUACAGACGAAACUCCGUAUCGCCGCAGUCCCUCACUAGACAGCAAGGCAGACUCGCCUCCUCUACAUUACACCGGAGAAUACGAAUUCCACAGCUCGCCGUUUGUCUUUGGUCUUCGUACAACGCCGGGGUCAAAAAAAGCUAAAGCCAGCUAUACCACAGCCCAGGGUAGAAAAUAUGUGGUCUUUUACCUGGACCUGUCCUUCAUCUUCCUCCUAGAGCUGCGACGCUGCAGGAUGGCUGAAGGAUGCCUAAGGGCCCUGAGGUACGGGAUGGUUUUCUUCAACCUGCUCUUUUGGCUGGGGGGUUGUGGGAUACUUGGAGUGGGAGUUUGGCUGUCCAUUACCCAGGGAAACUUUGCUACACUAUCGUCUUCACUUCCAUCACUGUCUGCUGCCAACCUCCUUAUCGGCAUUGGCAGCAUCAUCAUGGUGAUUGGCUGUCUGGGAUGUGUGGGUGCAGUCAAAGAAAAUCGUCCAUUACUACUGAGUUUCUUCAUAUUGUUGCUCCUGAUUCUGUUUUUGGAGAUUCUCUUCAUCAUCCUCUUCUUCGCUUAUCAAGAUCAGAUUGAUCUGUAUGCUCAGAGUGAUCUGAAGAAAGGUCUACAGCUCUUUGGAACAGAUGGAAACAUUGGGCUGACCAACGCCUGGAGUAUCGUCCAAACUGACUUUCGCUGCUGUGGAGUGACAAACCACACAGACUGGUUUCAUGUGUACAAUGCCAGUCGCGUGCCGGACUCCUGCUGUCUGGAGUACAGUGAUAACUGCGGUCUGGAGAAUCCUGGCACCUGGUGGACUGCUCCAUGUUAUGAGCGUGUAAAGAGCUGGUUGCAGGAUAAUCUGGUGGCUCUGUGGAUUUUUGCACUGUGUACGGCUCUAACACAGAUUCUGGGCCUGGUGUUCUCCAUGACUAUGUUCUGUCACGCUGUGAAGGUGGACACGUACUAUGCAUAGAGACACACGUCUGAGAGCAGCACAGCCACACAGGACCAAAUCAAACAACAUACACCGUUGUGUGUCUCUCAGUUCCCGCCUGUGUGCUCCAAUUCUCUCUCACUGCUGUAACAAUCAAGCACAGGAUUUGCUAACAACACACGGCUAUUUAAAUCUUCAUUUUGUACUUCCAUAACAGUAACAAGCAUAAAAGAGAUAUAAAUUGCUUUUUAUUGUAAAUAAUCAUUUGGCAAUCUAUUACUAUAAAUAUUAUUAUCCAUGUAUUCAUUUUGGAGCAGAGUUAAUCAGAGAUUAACAGCUAAUGUCAUUAUUUAACACUUCAAAGAAAUACAGAUUUUUAUAUUUAUUCAGAAUGGGCCUAAGUUCCCAAUAUAUUUAAUAGGCAACAUAAGAUCACAGUUUUGUAAGAUCAUCAGACUUGUAUGCUUUCUGAAAAUAUGAGGUCAAAACUGAAGAAGCACUGAUUUAGGAACAGACACAAUAUAUGUUUUUUCCUUCACGGCCCUUCUGUGAAUUCUGUGUUUGGAGUAUUUGUCAUUUCCGUAGCCCUAAAGGCGGCAAACAGAAGUGCAACACAUCUUCAGAAUGCUUAAGCUGGUAAAAAAUGUAUAAUAAAACUGACUGCAAUGACAAUGACCCUAGAGUUUUAUUAGGGGUCAAGCACAUAUAGAGGACAGUAUGAAAUGUAAACAUAGCUAAUUUUGAGUCUCACAACAACUCUCUAGCGCCACACCAAGAGUUUGAUCAUGUUUAUGCUCUUAACAUUCAACUCAAGAUGUUUAAAAACUAAAUUCUCGUUGAUUAAAAUGUGCAUCCAAAUAAACCAAAUUUUUUAACUCUUCCAACAA